AUGCUUUCUUACUUGGAACUUGCUGCAAACACUUCGGGGAAGUUGGGGAACAGGACUUCGCCGUAUUUGCUGCUGGACUUUAACGAAGCCGUGCUGGAGGACUGGCGCUCCCUGGCCAAUGGCUACGUGAAGCGCAGCGGGGAGUCGAGCGUCAAGGUGCUGCUGGUGGCUGCCUACUCCGUCAUCAUUGUUAUCUCCCUGUUCGGAAAUACCAUGGUGUGCCACGUGAUUCUCAAAAACAAGCGCUCCCAGUCGGCCACCAGCGUGUUCAUCAUGAACCUGGCCGUGGCCGAUGUUUUCAUCACUGUACUGAAUACGCCUUUUACGCUGGUACGCUUUGUGAACAGUACAUGGGUGUUUGGAAGAGCAAUGUGUCACAUCAGUCGAUUUGUACAGUAUUGCUCUCUGCACGUGUCCACUCUCACCCUCACGGCAAUUGCAAUGGACCGACGACAGUUGAUCUUACAUCCUUUAAGACCCCGCAUGUCGCCGACUCAGGGCAGUGUCUGGGUGGCUGUCAUCUGGAUAAUGGCCAGCUGCUUCUCCCUUCCACAUGCCAUCUACCAGAAACUGUUGACUUUCAGGUUCAGUCAGGAAAAGGAGCGCAGCCUGUGUGUCCCAAACUUCCCUGAGCCAUCGGACGUCUACUGGAAGUACACUGACCUCCUUACCUUCUUCCUCCUUUAUAUGCUGCCCCUUGUCAUCAUCACAGCAUCUUACACCACUGUGGCCCACCGAUUGUGGCACCACAAGGCCAUUGGCGACGCCACAACAGUUCAGCAUGCCAACCAGAGGAAGAAGCGACGCCGCACUCUGGCCAUGUUGCUGAUCGUGGUGGCCGUUUUUGCUAUCUGCUGGUUCCCACUCAAUUGUUAUGUGGUGCUUCUGUCUAGUGAGGCCAUCCACUCGUCAAAUGUUCUUUACUUCUGCUUUCACUGGCUGGCCAUGAGCUCCACCUGCUAUAAUCCUUUUAUUUACUGUUGUCUCAACCCCAUCUUCCGCCAAGAGUUACGCCAUCUUCUGAGAAUGUGCAGAAGGAGACGGAGCGUGGCGGUGGAGCUAGAGCUGGAGGAUCAACCCGCCGCCGUGUGCCCUCCGUGUCGCAGGACAGCCUGGCCCGACAAUGACGAGUCGCCAAGGCAGGGGCAGGCUUUGCCGCAGCCCAGCCAACCCCCAUCACAGAAGUGCCACACUGUAUCCGAGAACUCGCGACAUUUUAAGGAUGCGCAUGCCCUCUGCCCUGCCAGACAGGUUCUCACAGGGCGAAGUGAUAUCCUUUCAGUUGAGCCCAUUGUGCCUGUGAGUUGA